AUGCUGCCACUGUUGAUACUUUUCAAUGGUAUUGUUUCUGUCCAGAUGGAUUCGUUUUUAAGUACACCUCCGCCAGAUUACAAUGAUCGAACUUCACUAAAAGAUUGUCCUAAGCGGUUUUACACGGAUGCUAAAAUUCCCGGUUGGUUUGGUGCAUUUGGAGGAUUUCGAGCUUUACGCGGCGAGUUUCAACACAUGGUGGCGAUCGGUUGGACGCGUGCCGGUGGUAAAAUUGAUUAUCUCUGCGGUGGCAGUUUGAUCAGUAACCAGUUCGUGCUGACCGCAGCGCAUUGUAAUUCGGACGGAAACAAUCUUCACCCGGACACGGUGCGGCUAGGAGAUACGGAUCUGGGAAGCACCGAAGAUGACGAGUUCGCACAACAGAUCGCAAUCGCUCGAAUGAUCGUACAUCCCAACUAUCGGGGAUCUCGCAAAUAUUAUGAUGUGGCAUUGAUUGAGUUGCAGCAAAUGGUGCAGUUCUCGGAGGCUGUAUGUCCGGCGUGUUUAUGGCAAGAAAAGAACCUACCCGAUGGAGCCAUGGAUGCGAUCGGGUUCGGAGCAACCGGUUUUGGUGAAGCGCUUAGUCCGACACUGCAACGCGUAGUGCUAAACCACCUAGAGCAAGAAGAGUGUGCGAAGAGAAUCACGAUCAACAAGCGAGAAAUGCCACAGGGGUUACGGGUGGAUCAGUUCUGUGCGGCCACCACCGGUAUGGACACUUGUGAAGGAGAUUCUGGUGGUCCGAUUGGAGUGAAGUUGCUGGAUGUGGGUGGCGCCGUGAUUCCACUGGUGACCGGUGUUGUUUCCUUUGGAACUCCUUGUGGCGUCGGAUCUACUGGCGUGUACACCAAAGUAAGCGAAUACAUCGAUUGGAUCGAACGUACGACAAACACAUCCUAUAGUUACGGAGUCUGCACCAAGGCAUCGUUUUGUGUGGGCCGGCCCAAGGAGACGGUGAACGUGAACUUUGAAAGGAUCUACACUCAAAAUCGAUUUGGAUUAGUCUGGUCGGAAGGUGACACUUCGUGGUCGAAGUGUGUAGCAACGCUAAUCGACUACCAGUAUCUUCUCACAACGGCUUCUUGCGUUACAUCUCGCAAAGCCUACCCGAAGUUUGUAGUUUCCCCGACAAAUGAACGAGCAGUCAUCAAGGACGUGUACGUUUCGCCUCUAUACAAACCUGGUCGCUCAGAAAAUGAUAUUGCUUUGCUGAAAAUGGAACAGUACGUCAACUAUACAGUGUACCGUCCGGUCUGCCUUUGGGAUCGACGAACUGAUGGGGAGUGGGGACCUGAUCCGAAGUUUAGCGCAUACGGUAGUUUAAAUGAGACCGUCAUCGUCACCGCAAUUAAUGGUACGGGAUGCGAGGAGGGCAGUAUCCGUGGAACAGAUCUGCGAUGCUUCCACAACCACUUAGCGAUGAUGCCGGGAGUUUGCUGGAUGGACUACGGAGCUCCAAUUUUCGAUAAAAUUGAUUGGGGAGAGCCAUUGUCGAUGUAUGGCAUAGUUUCACCGUUGAGUAAAAGUUGUGGAUCCAAUUUGUACAUGACUGACGUUACACCUCACAUUGCAUGGAUAGAAGCAAUUAUCGUCGGCAGACGGGAUCAGUUUCUUGUGUUCUCAGACUGA